CUCAGGCUAAUCUCUCAUUUCCUAGUUUUAGGGUUCCUCCCGGCAACGAACGCAGAGAAAUUUGAAAAGAUGAAUCCAUUGACGCAGGUGAAGAAUCUACAGAAGAUAAACGCUAGGGAAUCAGAUUUAGGAAUAUCUGAUGAAGCUUCAUGGCACGCUAAGUACAAAAACUCUGCAUAUGUCUACGUCGGAGGCAUACCGUUCGAUCUCACCGAAGGUGAUCUUCUCGCCGUCUUCUCUCAAUAUGGUGAAAUUGUUGAUGUCAAUCUUAUUCGAGACAAGGGAACGGGUAAAUCUAAAGGUUUUGCUUUUCUUGCUUAUGAAGAUCAGAGAAGUACCAUUCUUGCUGUUGAUAAUCUGAAUGGAGCUCUUGUGUUGGGACGGACCAUUAAGGUGGACCAUUGUGGGGCAUACAAAAAGCACGAAGAGGAGGAUGAAGAGACGCGACGCCAGAAUAGAGAGGCUCGUGGUGUAUGCAGAGCUUUUCAGAGAGGAGAGUGUACUCGUGGUGAUUCUUGCAAAUUUUCCCACGAUGAAAAAAGAGCUGCAAAUACUGGUUGGGGUCAUGAAGAGGAUAGAAGUUCCAAGUGGGAUCAUGACAAGAAUAGAGAGGGUCGUGGUGUUUGCAGAGCUUUUCAGAGAGGAGAGUGUACUCGUGGUGAUUCUUGUAAAUUUUCACAUGAUGAAAAAAGAGCUGCAACUACUGGUUGGGGUCAUGAAGAGGAUAGAAGUUCCAAGUGGGAUCAAGACAAGUUAAAUGGUGCUAAAAAGGGUGGUACAAGUUUUGGCAAUCGAGGAGAUUUCAAACCUGAUGUGGAAGAGAAAAGUUACAGAGGAAGGGGUGAUGGAGAUGCCUCGUAUGGCCGCCCUAAAGAGAGAGAAAGAGUGGAUAGGGAGGAUAUGGGGCCAAGGUCAAGAGAUGCUUAUGAUAUGAAGGAACAAAAGAGAUCAGGACGGUAUGAUAAUGCGUAUUCUAGAAGGCACAAUGAUGAAAUUGAUUAUGUAAGGGAGGACAAGGGAUCCAGAGCACAAGAUUGGGAGAAAAGGAAGGCAGAAUCUAGAAGAGAUCGUAACGACAGGGAGGAAAAAGAUAGGGAUUCAUUAAGAAGGGAAGAUCGCCGUCGUUAAAGGGGUAGAUAGUGGUAUGCAUACUCAAUGGUUUUCAGUUUUAGCUAGUGUCUGUGGAAAUGACCUUUGUUCUUUCCAAGAGAGUUACCUGUGGUUAUAUAAACUGCUUCAUUCUGUAACGGGGAUUCUAUGUUUGUUGUGACACCUGAGACUUGUUGAUUUUUCCGUUUGGAAUGAAAGAAGUCGUUAUAUCCUUUUUCGUUUAUUUACAGAAUUUUUGCUAUCUCAUUAUACCUUUUGUUGUUAGUGGCUGUGUUGACCUGUGGUUACAGACUCAGGUUCUACAGGGAUGAGUGACUCUGGCUCUCCUUGUACGUGUCAUAUGGAUGGAUUAGUGCAACGCUUGCUGUUCUUGUCAUAUGCAAAUUAAAGA